AUGACAGGAGUUGUUGAUGUGACUACCAACGCAAAUGGUGCAUUAACCACCAGAACUUCGGUUAUGCCAAAAUCUUCUGAGUGUUCUGAAUGUACGGAGUAUACCACAACACUCACCUCUGCCGAUUCGACAGGUGGAGUUGGAACUGUCACUGCUGUCGUUGGCGUUACCACAAACUCGAAUGGUGCAUUAACCACCAGGACAUCUGUGCUUGCUGCUUUUGAAUGUAUUGGAUGCACAGCUUACACUACAACCUUCACUUCUGCUGAUUCCACUGGAGGAAGUGCAACUCUCACUGCUGUUGUUGAUAUUACCACAAACUCGAAUAAUGCUUUGACUACUACUACGUCUGUUAUUCGAGGACCAGCGGCGUCUGAGUGUCCUGGAUGUACGAUAUACACCACAACUUUUACUUCUGCCGAUUCUACAGGCGGAGUAGCAACUCUUACUGGUGUGGUUGGUGUCACGACAAAUUCAAACGGUGCCUUGACCACAAGUACGUCUGUGCUUGGUUCUCCUUCUGAAUGUUCUGGGUGUACUCAUUAUACCACAACUCUCACCUCUGGUGAUUCCACUGGAGGAUUAGCAACAAUUACUGGUGUCGUUGACGUCACGACUAACUCGAAUGGUAUCUUGACUACUAGGACGUCCACGUUAUCUGGCUCUAGUCCUUCUCAGUGCUCUGGAUGUACAGAGUAUACUACGACAUUCACGUCAGCGGAUUCUACAGGAGGAACUAAAACUUUCACCGGCGUGGUUGAUGUAACUACCAAUGCCAUUGGAGUUUUGACGACUCUGACUUCUGUUCUAUCAGCUUCCACAACUGGAUGUGUCGGAUGCUCCGAGUAUACUACAACAUUCACAUCCGCUGACCCCAAAGGAGGUCUUGCCACUUUCACUGGUGUUGUUGAUGUAACUACAAAUUCGAACGGUGCGUUGACUACGCUGACUUCUCUUAUUGGUGCCUCUGAAUGUUCUGCUUGCACCAAGUACACUACUACGUUCACUUCGCUUGAUUCUGAAAGUUCUCUUGCCACCUUUACCGGUGUUGUUGACGUUACUACAAAUUCAAACGGAGUUUUAAUAACCAGAACGUCAGCUAUUCCUGAAUCUGCAACUACUGAAUGCGUUGGGUGUACCGAGUAUACUACAACUUUUACCUCAGCAGGUUCUUCUGGAGGAACCGCCACUUUUACUGGUGUUGUUGAUGUUACUACAAAUUCAAUCGGAGCUUUAACAACCAGAACGUCAGUUGUUCCUAGAUCUGCAGCAACCGCAUGUGUUGGAUGUACCAAGUACACUACAACAUUCUCGUCAACAGACCCUAAUAGCGGCCUAGCUGAUUUCACUGGUGUCGUUGAUGUUACCACCAAUUCUAAUGGAGUUUUAACUACCCUGACUUCUGUGAUUGGCGGAUGUUCAGGAUGUACUGAGUACACAACAACAUUCACUUCUGCAGACCCUACUGGUGGAAUUCAAACUCUAACUGGUGAAGUUGUUGUUACUACCAAUUCUAUUGGUGCUUUGACUACUCUGACUUCUGUUAUUUCUGAAUGUUCUGGCUGUACUGAGUACACCACUACAUUCAUGUCGACUGACUCUACUGGUGGAUUGGAAACCUUAACUGGUGAAGUCAUUGUCACCACGAACUCAAAUGGGGCAUUGACUACGCUGACUUCUGUCAUUCCUGGAUGUGUUGGAUGCACUGAGUACACCACAUCUUUCACUUCCCUUGAUGCAGCUAACUCACCUGUUACUCUUUCUGGUAUUGUUGAUGUGACUACAGACUCUAACGGAAUCUUGACUACGAGAACGUCUGUUCUUGCUGCUUCUGCUUCCGAAUGUUCUGGUUGUACUAAGUACACCACAACUUUGACGUCAACGGACUCUAAUGGAAGUGACACCACAUUCACUGGAAUAGUUGAUGUAACUACGAAUUCAAAUGGUGCUUUGACGACUUCGACAUCAGUUAUUCCUGCUACUGUUUGUUCUGGAUGCACCCAAUACACCACCACAUUUACUUCUACAAAUCCUACUGGCGGAUUAGAUACGCUUACAGGUGUUGUUGACGUGACCACUAACUCCAACGGUGCAUUGACCACUAGAACUUCUAUCAUUUCUGGAUCUGUUUGUUCUGCAUGCGCUGAAUAUACUACGGUGUUCACCUCAACAGACUCGACUGGUGGUAUUGGAACCUACACUGGAGUUGUUGGCGUUACGACCAACUCCAACGGAAUUUUGACCACUCUGACUUCUGUUGAUCCUGCUUCUGCCUGCGUUGGUUGUACCGAGUACACUACUACGUUUAUUACUACAGACUCCACAGGAGGAAUUGCUACUGUCACUGGAGUCGUUGACGUGACUACUAAUUCUAUUGGUGCUUUAACAACUUCAACGUCGGUUAUUCCUGGCUCUAGUUCUGGUUGUGUUGAGUGCACCGAGUAUACUACAACUUUCUCUUCUCUCAAUGCUGCAGGCUCUCUUGUGACUCUUACAGGUGUUGUUGGUGUGACCACUGAUUCAAACGGUAUUUUGGCCACCUCGACUUCAGUUAUUCCUGGAUCUUCUGUGUGUUCUGGAUGCAAUGAAUAUACUACAACAUUCAUCUCGACAGACUCGACCGGUGGUGUUGGCACUUUCACAGGAGUUGUUGAUGUCACUACAGACUCGGAUGGAAUUUUGACUACUCUGACUUCUGUUAUUUCGGCUUCUGAAUGUUCUGCUUGUACUGAGUACACUACCACGUUUAUUUCUACGGACUCUACUGGCGGAACUGGAACUUUCACCGGUAUCGUUGACAUCACUACUAAUUCUAACGGUGUUUUGACCACCCUGAUAUCUGUCGCUCCUGCCUCUGCUUCUGAAUGUGCUGGAUGCACCGAGUAUACUACUACGUUUAUUUCUACAGACUCUACGGGAAGAACUGCGACAUUCUCUGGAGUCGUUGAUGUGACUACCAACUCUAAUGGUGAAUUAACUACGUUAACAUCUAUUCCUGAACCUAUAACCUCUCUGUUCCUCGGGUACCAUAACACUUCGAAUGUGGCAUCAGUUAUAUCACAAGCCACCCCAAGCCUGCCGUUGCGUGAGACUGUUUCUUCUGCUACUUCAGAGAAUCUCGUAUCUUCGAAUGAUGUGGAACCAAAUGUGCUGGCGAAAGACGCUUCAAGUUCUCAGUCAGUGUCCUCUGGGAAUGCGGAAGAGACAAGUAAAAGUACUGCUCCAAUUCCUAUGUCUGCUUCCCAUUACUUGUCUCCAAGUCUUCAACAGCUGAGUGAAUCGGUUAGAGAAGCUAGCAGUCACAACACAAAGGCUCUUAUUAGUAGCGGUACUGGAUCGGUUUCUAUCGCCCUGCUUUCCACGGAUCAAUUUCAGAGCGUGGCAGAUAAUUCGGAGGUUGGUAUUCCAACCACAAAGGCUACGGGCGUCAGAUUUCCAACUACCCAACUGGGAAACUCAGGUACCGUGAGUACACUCACGUUUAAAACAUCUGCUGUGGAAAUCUCCCAAAAUUCUGAAUUUACCUCUGCACCAACAGUCAGUUUCACUGCAGGUGGAAGUCUCAAGAAAGCAUCUAUCUUUGCUGCGAUGUUGUCUAUCAUUACUUCGUUCCUUCUUUAA